AUGAGCCCUGUGCUGCGAAAGCGCUCUCUCGCAGACAUGCAGGAGGGGAAGCGGACGAGCUUGCAGCAGCCGGCCGUCCUCGAUGACCAGGACUACGUUCGCGAGGUGCUGCAGCUGGAAGGUCAGACGGAGGCCCUGCUCGAUCAACAUCUGUUGGAGGAGGCGGAGAGUCUGGGCAUCGCAGUGCCGAUACCGAUACCGAUACCGAUUUCCACGACACCGGCGGACGGGCACUAUGCCACACCCGACUCUCGGUGCGAGUCGGCGAACACUACCCCGUCGCACCACCGGACGGCUUCCUCUGGCUCUCAUGGCAUUGGGUGGUUCGACACGAGCAACGCCGCCGCAGCAGCAGGCAAAGAAACGGAUAUCUGCGAGGAGGAGCCUGUCGUUCUCAGAGUACGAGAAGUACCUGGCACAGCAGCACGAGGCGCUAGAGCACCCGAAGCCGUCCCCGCCUGUACUUUCCGCCCCAGCCCCCUCGCUCUUGUCGGUACCGACGCCAAAAUCAUUGGCCAGUAUCAAGAGUGGGUUCAAGAACCGGUUUGGGUUGCGGAGGACGAAACGUACGCAGUCGGUUCUCAAUUCCUGCCCACUGGUGAUGAGUCCAAGAUGCCGCCUCGAUGCUGUACACAAGCUAUACCGAGCGCUGUCAUCAAGAGCGUCUUGACCACAGAACAGCAACAACUGUUCAUGAAAAGUGUCUUGCAAUUCAGCACUCCGUGGGAAUCGCGGGUUUUCUGCUCAAACACCGCCUGCGGCGAGUUCAUCCCCAAAAGAAGCAAGAUCGAUUCAAAACACCCCUUUGAGGUUAGCUGCCGGGAAUGUAGGACGAGAGCUUGCUCGAUAUGCAGGGGUGCUGCCCAUGCUUUUGGCCAAGACUGUCCUGCUGACUGGGAACUCGAUGCCGUGCUCCAGAUGGGCGAGAAGUCCGGCUGGAGACGAUGCUACAAAUGUAGAAACUUGGUCGAGCUCACCCAAGGGUGUAGUCACAUUACGUGUCGAUGCAAGGCUCAAUUCUGUUACAUAUGCGGCGCGGUUUGGGAUCCCACGGUCGGAUGUCCCAACUAUUGCAGUGGCGAGGAGGAAUUGGAGAGGAGGCGGCUCGAAGAAGAAGCGCGAGUGGCCGAGGAAGAAGCAGAGAAGGCGGCCAAGGAAGAGGCCGAAAAGGUGGAAGCUGCCGAGAGAGCAGAAGCGGAAAAACGGACAUCAGAAAGCGUGGAGCUGAAGGAUCUUCGAGCUCGCCAGAUCAACGAACGCGAUCGUUUCACGGCCUUCGAACGCAAGAUGAAAUGGAUGCUGUGGGCGCGACAUGGCCAAGGCAAGAUUGACAUCUUGGAACGAUACGACGAGCUCAGAAAGAAGACGGGGGAACGCCAUAUUCGAACUGCCGCGCACCUCGAGGAUCGCCAGGUAGCGGCUGAGAUGGAACUCCGCGCCAGCCUCAAGCAGCAGGAGAGGAGUGUGAGGAUUCGAUUGCGGCACAUGGAAGCUUACUGUGAUGGUCUCGGACAGAAUACAAAUGGCCCAAAUCCGGCCAGGGUCGUAACUGAGCGAGAUCUGAGGGAGCUGGGCCAGCAGUACAACAUCUGGAAUGACUUGGAAAGGCUCCACCAGAGUAAAAUCAAUGUUAUGCGCGACAAGCAAGCCAAGCAGAUGGAGGACUUACUCCGUCGUCAAGAAGAAGAAAUCGAGAGGCUGGGCAGAAAGCAGGAUGAAGAAAUGGAGGCGCUGGAUGAGAAACUCGUGAAUGAGGAGGAGGUCUCUGUCGGCAUUCUUGAAGCACGCAGACAGAGGCUCCAAAGACGAUGGCUGUUGGUCGAAGAAGUCGAGCGCCAGAGAUUGGAGCUCGAGAAGAACGUCCGCUUUGCACCCUUGCCUCCCGUCACCUGGCCGCACUUGGAAACGAAAGACGAGGAGGUUGGGUUAGAGGCUGUCGCCGAAUGA